AUGGCUCCUCCUCCUCAGGGAAGAAAGAAGUCACAAGGCAGGAGAAAGAUAGAGAUGAAGCUGAUCGCCGAUGAGAACGCGCGGACUGUGACUUUCUCCAAGCGGCGGGCCGGGCUUUUCAAGAAGGCUACCGAGCUUUCCAUCCUUUGUGGGGCCCACAUCGCCAUAAUAAUCUUCUCCCUCGGUGGGCGGGCCUACUCGUUUGCCCACCCAAAUGUCGAGUCUGUUGUGGGCCGCUUCUUCAAUAGGAACCCCCCUAGCCCGAUCCCGGACCCACACGCUGUUCGGGCCCACAUGGCCAUGCUGGCCCAACUCAAGGAAGAGUGCGAAAAGAAGGCCCAGGAGCUCGAGGCCCAGAAGAGGAGAGGAAAAGAACUGGAGGCAGCACUCGAGGUCACAGACGAGCAGCUGAGUCGACUCGGAAUGGACCAACUCAGGGAUCUGAAGGAGAGGUUGGAGAAGCUGAGGGAUGGAAUGCUCGGGAGUUCGGCUAAGGAAGUGGGACCCACGGAGCACUUGGGUUCGGGAAAAGCUGCUGCUGAUGUGGCAAAUGUCGAGAGGGGAUGGCGUGGUGUUUAUGGGAUCCCGGCCGAUUGGUUGAAACUGUGA